AGAGUGUUAGUAAUACGACCAUGAUAGAAGAAGAAAUAUUAAGGUUAAUAUAUAAAAAUAACCAAUAAAAUUUGAAAGUUUUAGGUGAAUUGAAAAACAUUACAAAAUAAUACUUAUAAAUUAUGGCUACAAAGGCUGUUAAAACUUUGGGGCUGUUUCAAAAAGCAACAGAAUUGGAUAAAGGAUUAGCUUCUCGACUUCCUGAAGCUUAUAAAAAGUUUUAUAGAGAAUGGAAAUUUACUCAACCCGCAGCUGUACAUUAUAUACCAGAACCAGGAAAAUGGAAAAGAAAUGAAGUAACUGGUGAACUUUUACCUGUUCAAAAUAUUCCACUGCCAGUGUUUUAUCCCAAAGAAUCACACAAUCAUAUUUGGGGUGGAGAGGGAAUUGUGCAAGGUUUUCUGAAACGUGAUAAAUACAGAAGAAGAGUUCCACAUUUUUGGGUGCCCAUUUUAAAAAGAUCUGUUGUCUACUCAGAAGUCUUGGAUAAAUAUAUUUCAGUUAUAGUUACAGAUAGGGCUCUCAAUCUUAUAAAUACCCAUUAUGGAUUGGAUCAUUAUCUGUUGAAGACACCAGCCUGUGAUCUUAGAUCAUUGUUAGCGUUGACUUUAAAACGAAAAAUACUACAAGAAUUACGUGACGGAUGCCCCACUUUUUCCAAUAACCCUAAAAAACAAAAACAUGUUCUAGGACAGUAUAAACAGUAUUUAACGGCGUAUACUUCCGAAGAAAUUGACUGGUAUGGCUAUUCAUUGACAGAAGCAUGCAGGAUCUUCCAAACUAAAAUAGAAGCUGAGGAACAGUCUAAAAUAGUUCCUUUAAAACAAGUUUAUAGAGCCGAGUUGAUAGAAAAAUUGAAAGCUGCCUCAAUUAGCGAAUCUGCCGAACAACCACAACAAAUAGAGCAAGCUGAAACUGCUUCAUGGUUACAAAAGAUGAACCCUUUCGGAAAGAAGCACGAGACAUGAUACAGAUAAAAAUAGAUUUGUUUGUAGUGUGAUUAAAUGUAUUUCAUUCUGUU